AGAGUAUCAAAACCCUUAAAAUCUCCAAUUCUCCCAAAUCCACCAACACCUUUUCCUUCAUAAUUUGUUGCCUUAAUCAUCAAGGAUAACCUACUUUUUCCCCUUGAUUCACACCAACCAUUACUCUGCUACCUAUAGAUAUACAAACACAUAUACGUAUAGAGAGACAGAGAAAGAGAGAGGGAGAGGGUGGUGUUGAUGAGAUGAUGCCUGCUGCAGGAGGUGUGGGAGGUGGAGGAGAGGUGUGGAGAGCGCAUGCGGCAAUGGCGAUGGUACAGGUGUUCAAUGGAGGUUACCAUGUCAUCACCAAAGUGGCUCUCAAUGUCGGAGUUAAUCAGCUUGUUUUUUGCGUCUUCAGGGACCUCCUUGCCCUCUCUAUUCUCGCUCCUGUUGCUUAUGUCCGCGAGAAAAGAACAAGACUACCACUUAAUAGACGCCUCCUCUUAUCGUUUUUCUUUCUUGGUUUAACUGGGAUUUUCGGGAACCAGCUUUUGUUUCUUAUUGGCCUUGGCUACACAAAUCCAUCUUAUGCUGCAGCCAUACAACCCGCAAUUCCUGUCUUUACAUUUAUAUUGGCUGUGGCAAUGGGUACAGAAACAGUGAAUUUGCUCAGAACUGAAGGUCAGGCAAAGGUUGGAGGUACACUUGUAUGUGUCUCUGGUGCUAUUUUAAUGGCUAUGUUCCGGGGCCCAGCCAUAUUUGGACAUAAAGAAUCUGAUUUCGUGGCUCAAAGUGAAAUAAGCGCCAUCGGUCAACCUGAGCCUGCUGGAUGGUUGAUGUCUAAUUUUGUGGAUCUUGGGCUUGAUCAUUGGCACCUUGGCGUCUUAUGCUUAAUUGGAAACUGCAUGUGCAUGGCGGCUUAUCUAGCCAUUCAGGCUCCAGUAUUAGCAAGGUAUCCUGCAAGCAUAUCUUUGACAGCUUAUUCAUACUUUUUCGGCACUCUAUUCAUGGUAGUAACAUCAGUCUUUAUGACCAAUGAUUCAACGGACUGGAGUUUGACGCAGUCUGAGGUUCUUGCAGUCUGCUAUGCUGGAGUAAGUGCAUCUAGAAGCAGAGAAACCAUUUUAUCUUUUAGCGGUGUGGAGUUGCUGACUUGUCGAGGAAUUGUUGCAUCUGCCCUCAACUAUGGAAUGUUGACAUGGUCCAAUAAGAUCCUCGGACCUGCUUUGGUUGCCCUCUAUAACCCUCUGCAGCCUGCUGCAUCUGCAUUUCUGUCAAGAAUUUUCCUCGGAAGCCCUAUUUAUUUGGGAAGCAUUCUGGGAGGACUUCUAAUUAUAGCUGGGCUUUAUUUGGUCACCUGGGCAUCCUACAGAGAAAGACAGGCAGCCAUGGGGAUUAUUCCUCAAGCUUCUCGUCCUGCAGACCUGCUUGUUCACAGGGACUCAUCUCUCAGCAAGAUUCCAUACCAGAUAGGACACAUUUUCUCAGGCUCUUCCUCCUCAAUACCAAAGAUCGUGGAUUAA